UCGCUGUGCGUGAAAAGAUUCACGUGAACUCUCUAUAGGGCGGGAUUCAUAGAUGUUUCUUGAGUUUCAAGAUGAGCUUAAGCUAAUGCUUAAGCUUGUGAUCGAUUCAUAAACAUUGCUGAAGAAUGAAUUCAAAGCUAGAACUUGAGACCAUGCUUAAUGAAGCAAAUCCAGUUUCAUAGUCGAAUCUCAAGUACGACUUGAGAUUAUUAAAUACACAAUCAUGGCUUGUGCCACAUCUUGAGCAAGUCUUAGCCGAGUCCAGUAAAUUGUGGACUUAAGAUAGGUCUGAAAUAAAAAAGUGGUGCUAUAAACUAUGGAAUUUAACAUAUUAGGUCAAUUUGACAUUAAUUUGUUUGAAGCUUCAUCUGAUUCCUCCUCUGAUGAAGAAGAUGAUAUUCAUAUAAUACGUGAAAAACGAUAUGUGCGAGAUGCAAUUGAUCCGUUUACUGCUUAUCGUGAACAUGAAUUUCACAUAAGAUAUAGAUUUUCAAAAGAGUGUGUUAUGUAUGGAUUAUUACCUCUGGUCAAAGAUGGUUUAACAAAGCCUGAUAUGCGAGGUCUUCCUAUUGAACCAGUUAUUCAAUUGCUUAUUUGUUUAAGAUUUUAUGCUACCAGCAGUUUUCAAAAAGUGAAUGGCGAUCUCAUGGAAUUACCGCAACCAACAAUUAGCAGAAUUAUAUUUCGAGUAACUGCUAUAUUAGCAUCUUAUCUAAAUACUUAUGUCAAAUUUAUAACAAACCCAGCAGCUAUACAAGAAAAUCGAAGACUGUUUAAAGAAUUAGGAUAUGGACAUGGAGCUAUUGGACUUCCUUGUAUUGACGCAGCAAUAGAUUGCACUCAUAUAAGACUAUUACAUAAUAACUUUGGAGGAGUAGGCGAGAUCUAUAGAAAUAGGAAGGGAUAUUUUUCCUUAAAUGUCCAGGCUAUUGUAGGACCACGAAUGGAAUUUUUGGACCUAGUUCCAGAAUGGCCAGGAAGCCAACACGAUAGUAGGAUUUUACAAAAUUCUCGAGUUUUUAUACGGUAUCAACAACGUGAAUUAACAGGAAUGAUGGUUGGAGAUUCUGGGUAUCCUUCUCUCACAUUUCUUUUAACGCCAUUUAGAAAUCCACAAAACGAGGAAGAACAGAGAUAUAAUGAAAUUCAAUCAAGAACACGAAUGGUCGUUGAAAGAACAUUUGGAGUAUGGAAGAGACGGUUUCCUUGUUUAUCAAGAGGAUUAUCUUUAAAACUUGUAACCUGUACUGGAGUCGUAUCAGCUUGUGCAGUUUUACAUAAUUUAUCAUUAUAUUAUAAAGAUGUUCUUCCAGAGGAACCAGAGCCUAAUGCAAUAAUUGAAAAUAAUGAGGAACUCUAUUACAAUGAACCUCAUUGGCAGCCUGGAGAUGGUUAUAUUAUUAGGCAAAACGUAGUUCGAGAAUUAUUUCACUGAUUCUAUUAUAAUGAUUUAAAGUUUUAAAAUAAUAAAUAUAUGUAAACAAGCAAUUGAAUAUAAGUGGUUUAUCAGAAAGA